GCCUCCUCUCUUCUCAGCCGUGGAAGGAAGCCAUAAAGGUUAAAGGAGAGCUCUUUCUCGUUCUCAAGAGCCAGUAGUGCUGUUGUUGUGGUUCCGUUCCGUGGCUGUCUUUAUUUAUCAUCGUCGUCGUUAAAAAGCUCUUCAAUCGGCAGCCAUGGUGGUUCCUCAUCCUUCUUCCUCCUCCUCUAGAUCUCAUCCUUUCCUCUCCCAUGUCUAUCACACUAGCUUCCAUCUUCAUCAUCAUAACCAUCACCAUCAACAUCAUCAUCCAUCGCUUGUACUCUUUUGGUGUCUCGUGUUUUCUUUGUUAUCUCCUCUCGCUCUCUCCUCUUCAUCGUCGUCGUCUUCUUCUUCCUCUACGUCGUCAUCGUCGUCUUCUCAAAUCUCUCUUGGAAUCGGUGAAACAGAAGGGACUAAGCAUGAUCUGCAUCAGACAAUCAUAAGAGACGAAGCUGUAGCAAGGUUACACGAGCUUGGACAGGUGAGUGAUGCAGUUGCCCAUCUAGAAAGGACUUUUAUGAGUCCAGCAUCAAUAAGAGCGAUAGAUCUUAUCCGUCGAUGGAUGGAAGAUGCUGGUUUAUCAACAUGGGUUGAUUACAUGGGAAAUGUGCAUGGUCGAGUGGAACCAAAGAAUGGAAGCUCACAGGCUCUUCUAAUUGGUUCCCAUAUGGACACAGUGAUCGAUGCUGGUAAAUAUGAUGGCUCACUAGGCAUCAUUUCUGCAAUCUCUGCAUUGAAGGUUCUGAAAAUAAGUGGAAGAUUGGGAGAACUAAAGCGGCCUGUUGAGGUGAUUGCGUUUAGUGAUGAGGAAGGAGUGAGGUUUCAGUCUACUUUCCUAGGCAGUGCUGCUUUGGCUGGAAUCAUGCCAGUUUCUCGGUUGGAGGUUACUGAUAAAAGUGGUAUUUCUGUGCAAGAUGCUCUUAAAGAGAACUCCAUAGACAUAACAGAGGAAAACUUAAUGCAGCUGAAGUAUGAUCCUGCAUCUGUUUGGGGAUAUGUAGAGGUUCACAUCGAGCAAGGGCCGGUGCUUGAAUGGGUUGGUUAUCCUCUAGGAGUAGUAAAAGGAAUUGCAGGACAGACAAGACUCAAGGUUACUGUUAAAGGCUCUCAAGGACAUGCUGGAACAGUUCCAAUGUCACUGCGUCAAGACCCCAUGACUGGUGCCGCGGAGCUGAUUGUACUAUUGGAAAGCGUUUGCAAAAACCCUAAAGAUUACUUAUCUUGCAACGGUCAAUGCAACGAAGACACAAUAGAAUCCCUUGCUAAUUCACUUGUUUGUACUGUUGGAGAGAUCUCAACAUGGCCAAGUGCUAGCAAUGUCAUCCCAGGCCAGGUAACUUUCACUGUGGAUUUACGUACGAUAGAUGAUGUAGGACGCAAGGCUAUUCUCCAUGACUUAUCAACUAGGAUGUACAAGAUAUGUGACAAAAGAUCGCUUUUGUGCUCCAUUGAACGCAAGCACGAUGCAGACGCAGUAAUGUCAGACCCGCAAUUGAGUUCACAGCUGAAAUCAGCAGCUCAGAGUGCACUUAAGAAAAUGACAGGAGAGGUUCAAGACGAGGUCCCCGUGCUAAUGAGUGGAGCAGGACAUGAUGCUAUGGCUAUGGCUCAUUUAACUAAGGUGGGAAUGUUGUUUGUCCGGUGUCGUGGAGGAAUAAGUCAUUCUCCGGCAGAACAUGUGUUAGAUGACGAUAUUGGUGCAGCCGGUUUGGCCAUCUUGGAGUUUCUAGAGUCUCAAAUGUAAAACAUGAGAAAUAUAUGAGAAACAAAGUGGAGUCUUGUCUCAUAGAGACUCCAUGAAAAUGUACAGUGUCACUUGUUGUUAUUUUGUCAUUGUGUACUCUUUGGAACUGCAUUUGUAUAGAAUUAGUCCGAUUCUUAAAAUGUAUCAACCAUUGUUAGCUUAUCUUUCAUGGUAUUGUCCAUUGCCUA